GGAAAUACAAUCGCAUCUUCUCCUCUUUCUUCCAUCCAUCCCUCAUCAAGACACAUCUCUCCUCCUCCCCAUCUGACACCUUCGGCGAUCCGCCUGAGCUCCGGCCCAUUCCCGCCGGAAAACAUGAACUGACGUCAGAUUUCCACCAACCUUGUGGUGGCUCUCUCCAAUCCCUCCCAUCUAUCAAGGUGACGCCUUUUACCCGGCGAAUUGAAGUCAGAAACCGGCGACUGUCGUCAGAUUCCUCGCACUCUCCUCGAAGCUUUAUAGAAACAUCCCUCCCGUCGAAAAUCAGGUCAAAAUUCAACAGAAUUUGAAAUUCAAUUCAAUUCCGCGUUGAAGUUCUUCGUCUUGAAAUCUAUGAAUUUUAGGUUAUAAAAGGAGAUCUCUUUCCCCACAUUCGGUCCGAUUCCGGAUCUGAAGUCGUUGGAUUUCUUCGCCUCUCUCUCUCUCUCUCCUGCAUUUUUUAGAAAAUUAUUUUGAGAUCAGGACGGUUUGAACGGUGAGGAUCCCUCGAUCUCUGUAUUUCCUUCAAUCCAUCUCUGCUCUGAUUUCGCAAUCUCCAGGUUUGGAUUUCGUCUCUGGAAAAUUUUCGGAAUUGUUUGAAUUCUUCGGUUCUUGCCUUUCAUGAUUUUUUCUUUGCUGGUGGGUUAGUUUGAAAUUGAAGAAUUUUAGUACGUAGAAUUUUGCAUUUUUUUCCGUCUCUGUUGUGAUUUUUGGUUUCAAAGGGAACUCUUUUUGUGCAUUUCCGGCUUCUGAUUUGAUCACCGGAAAGGUUAGAAAUUGUUCGAGUUCUUCUAUUCUUGAAAGCUCUCAUGAGCCUUGGUGUUCUUUCUACUGGCGUUUUCAGUGAAUUUUGUGUCAUCGUAUUAGUUCAAAAUUCGGAAGGGUUUCGUUUUUGUUAAAAUUUUUAAUUCUUUGACCUCAAGCAGCUCAAUAGUCGCCAUUCUUUUUGUUUUUUGCUUCUUCAGAUUUUAGGCUGCCAUGUAUUUGGUUUUGAUCUCAAUCCUGGAUUUCGUAUCUAUGAUAGAAGACUGGAAAUCUCACAAGUCCGUGGAAAUCGGAGUUGUUUGAAGGAUGUCUGGGGCAGGACAGGCGGUUGAGCAUGUUGGAUUCCCGAAAAUGGAAACAAAAUCGACAGCUGAGAAGGAGCGACGUUCCGGUUGUUGCAAUCCUGUGAAGAAACCAGGGCCUGUGUCGAUGGAUCACGUUCUCUUGGCAUUGAGGGAGACCAAAGAAGAGAGAGAACUGAGAAUUCGUAGCCUCUUUAAUUUCUUUGAUGUUGCGAAUGUUGGAUAUUUGGACUAUGCUCAGAUCGAGGCUGGUCUAUCUGGUCUCCAAAUACCAGCAGAGUACAAGUAUGCGAAGGAUCUUUUGAAGGUCUGUGAUGCAAAUAGGGAUGGCCGUGUUGACUACCAAGAGUUCCGGCGGUAUAUGGACGAUAAGGAGCUUGAGCUUUAUCGCAUCUUCCAAGCAAUCGACGUUGAGCAUAAUGGCUGCAUUUUGCCGGAAGAGCUGUGGGAUGCCCUCGUUAAGGCAGGAAUUGAAAUUGAUGAUGAAGAGCUUGCUCGAUUUGUAGAGCAUGUGGAUAAGGACAACAAUGGAAUUAUUACUUUUGAAGAAUGGAGAGACUUCCUUCUGCUCUAUCCCCACGAGGCAACCAUCGAGAACAUUUAUCAGUACUGGGAAAGAGUUUGCCUUGUAGAUAUCGGGGAACAGGCCGUUAUCCCAGAGGGCAUCAGCAAGCACAUGCAUGCAAGCAAAUAUCUAAUUGCAGGAGGGGUAGCAGGAGCUACAUCCCGUACUGCGACUGCUCCUCUUGAUCGCCUAAAAGUGAUGUUGCAGGUUCAAACAACGCGAGCACGUAUCAUUCCAGCUGUAAAGGACAUAUGGAGAGAAGGUCGUUUCUUGGCAUUUUUCAGGGGAAAUGGAUUAAACGUCAUGAAGGUAGCACCUGAAAGUGCAAUCAGGUUUUACACAUAUGAAAUGCUAAAGACUUUCAUAGUCGAUAUGAAAGGGGAAGCUAAGAGUGAUAUUGGCACUUCUGGGCGCCUUUUUGCUGGUGGUAUGGCGGGUGCGGUGGCGCAGACUGCUAUUUACCCAAUGGAUCUUGUAAAAACGCGAUUACAAACUCAUGCCUGUGAAGGUGGAAAAGUUCCUAAACUUGGAAAGCUGUCAAAAGAUAUACUAAUUCAGGAGGGACCUCGAGCCUUCUAUAGGGGACUUGUCCCAUCGCUUCUUGGGAUUAUCCCCUAUGCUGGCAUAGAUCUUGCUGCAUAUGAGACGCUGAAAGAGAUGUCAAGAACAUAUAUACUUCAUGAUAGUGAACCCGGUGCACUUGUGCAACUUGGCUGUGGAACAGUUUCGGGGGCUCUCGGAGCAACAUGUGUUUACCCCUUGCAGGUCAUUCGAACAAGGUUGCAAGCUCAGCCUUCCAAUUCAUCUACUGCUUACAAGGGAAUGUCUGAUGUAUUUUGGAAAACCCUCCAACAUGAAGGUUUAUUAGGAUUCUACAAGGGUAUCUUCCCGAAUUUGCUCAAGGUGGUGCCAUCUGCGAGCAUCACGUAUCUUGUUUAUGAGACCAUGAAAAAGAGUCUAGAUCUCGAAUAAAGUGCAGGUGUAGCCUUGACUGGCGGUAACCAUUAUUGACAUGGCUGACUAUAGAGUUCAUGAUGGCAAUGAUGAUUUUGAUGAUGAUGAUGAUAACAGGAAUAAGAUUUUACUAAUUGAGUAGGUGCUGUGAUUGCUUCGGUUUUAUCAUAGAUGGUACUCUUCCGUUCAAGAUACAAGGCACAAAGGUUGCGUAGUUCAGGGUUUUUGCAGGCAUUUUUGAACUAAUAACUAAUGAGAAAUUGCAAUGGUUAUCAAAUUUUGACAUCUGAUUGUCAGGUAAGAGAUUUUAUUCUUUCAUCUUUAGAUUAUCUUAUGUUUUUUUUUGCCAAAGAACAGCACUGAAGUUAAUACAGUGAAAGCUGUUCUUGUUCUGAUGUUACUUGUUUCGCUUGUGAAACAGGUGUCACCAUUAGUGCCUGAAAAUACCCUCUUCGAGGACAAAAUUGGUUUGUCCUAGACGCAUUUCCUUUCGAGCUUAGUAUGUAAUUGCACACUGUUAUUGUAUGAUACAGAAGAAGAAGAAGAAUUGGAUUUUGUUACGAUUUUUGGUAAGUUCAGUAGCUCACUGAAUAAGGUGCUGAACUAUUGAAAUUUACAAUGUCACAACACAUGGAAUGUUGUUUUUUUCCAUUGUCUUGAGUAAAAGUACAUGAGAAAGCAUUAUAGCAAUUUUUUUAAAGUCGUUUCUUGUGUUCUAAUACAGCUAAAAUGAUUUUGAGUGAGCAUUGUUUCAGAAGAUUUUUUCAGAAAUCUGGAUUUGGAGUCUA